AUGAAACGACAUUCUAUUCCUCACUCGAACACUCUACAUCGUCUGUUCAAGUACUACACCUCUCUCAUCAUGUUAUUCAACAAAGUCUUUGCUCUCUCUGCCCUCACUACCCUUGCUGCUGCCACAGCCAUUCCACGAGGUGGAGGUGGAGGUGAUAGCGGUACCCAAUGCUGCCAACAGGUCGAAUCGGCUCAGUCCGCCAGUGCGGUAGCGCUUCUUGCCCUGCUCGGGAUCGUCCUGAACGACCUCGACGUCCUCGUUGGCAUCAACUGUAGCCCCAUCACUGUCAUUGGCGGCCAAAACGGUGCAUGCUCUACUGGAACUACCGCAGUCAAUUGCGCCGACAACAGCCACGGAGGUCUCAUUGACAUCGGAUGUGUUCCCGUCAUCGUCUAA